AUGCGCAUCCUAUCUGAAAGGACCCAAGAUGGCCGACAAUACAACAGACCAACGGCUUCUGAAGUUGCUGGAUUAAUCGUAGGAGACCUUACAGAUGCUAACUUCCAGCGAGAUGUCAUUGUGGAACACCGCAAGAACGGACUGCAAAGGAUCACAGAUUUACACCCAAGCUUCAUGUCGAUGAAUUACCCAUUAAUACAUCCCUAUGGGGAAGAUGGAUAUAGGCUUGGAAUACCUUUACAUUCUGAGAGUCAAAAAACAUACACUCGGACAACCUUGACAAUGAGACAAUUUUAUGUAUACCGCAUACAACAACGCCUCAAUGAGGGACACACUCUACUCCAAGCUGGCAGGCUAUUGCAGCAGUACAUUGUGGAUGGGUACAUGGCAAUUGAAGAAGAGAGAUUUAGGUACAUCCGGAAAAAUCAACAGAAAUUAAGGUCUGAUCUUUAUGGUGGCUUAAUGGACGCUAUUGUACGUGGAGAUUCAGAUUGCUCAAUGGUGGGAAAAACUAUUAUACUACCUUCCUCCCACACUGGAGGACCUCGCUAUAGGGCACAAAAUUACCAAGAUGCAAUGGCUAUAUGUCGGUGGGCUGGAUACCCAGAUUUGUUCCUGACUUUUACUUGCAACCCAAAGUGGCCGGAAAUAAAUGCAAUGACGAGACUAAUAAACCAAGAUCCUGAUGGUUGCCGGGUGGACAUUAUAUGCCGAGUCUUCCAAAUCAAGUUGUUGCAGCUAAUGCGGAUUCUUAAAAAAGAUAAGCCUUUCGGGACAAUAAUUGCAUGUAUAUAUACAAUUGAGUUCCAGAAAAGAGGCUUGCCACAUGCUCAUAUACUGCUUUUCCUUCAUGAAACACAAAAAAACCCCACAACAGAUCAUAUCGACAGAGUAAUAUCCGCUGAAAUACCAGAUUACAGAGAAGAUCCAGAUGGGUAUAAUGUCGUGAAAAACUUCAUGAUGCACGGACUGUGUGGAGAACAAAAUCCCAGUUGCCCAUGUAUGAAACAAGGCAAGUGCACAAAACAUUUUCCAAAGAAAUACAAUGGCCGAACAAAUUUUGAUUCAGAUGGAUUCCCUAUUUAUAUGAGACGGAACACAGGUAUUGAAGUCAAGAAAAAUGGUGCCAGCUUAGACAACCGAUAUGUUGUCCCAUAUAACAGGAACUUGCUUGUCCAGUUUGAUGCACAUAUAAAUGUUGAAGUAUGCAAUUAUGCGAGGUCGAUCAAGUACCUAUUCAAGUAUGUUCAUAAAGGGUCUGAUAGAGCCACAACAAUAAUAGAAUCAACCGGGACACCAAUAGAAAAUGAUGAGAUAAAAAAAUACCUAGAUUGCAGAUACAUAUCAGCCACAGAAGCUUGCUGGAGGAUCUAUUCAUUUGAUAUACAUCACAGGCAACCGGCUGUUGAGCGCUUACCAUUUCAUUUACAGGGGCAGAACACAAUAAUAUUUGAAGAAUCAAGGACAGCUAAAAGCGUACUAAGCAGACCCAAUUUAGAAAAAACAAAAUUUACAGAAUGGUUUGAGGCAAACAAAGAAUACCCUGAUGCAAGAGAGCUGACAUAUUCCAAUUUUCCAACGCGUUGGGUUUGGAAUGUAAGAGACAAAAAGUGGACCAGGAGGAAGAAGGGACACGCAGUUGGCAGGAUUUGCUUUGCACAUCCAGGAAGUGGAGAACGUUUUUACAUGCGUAUGCUACUAAAUUUUGUCAAAGGGUGUACUUCCUUCGAAAGCAUCAGAAGAAUCAAUGGAGUAGAUCAUAAAACAUAUAGAGAGGCCUGCUACGCUUUGGGGUUAUUAGAUGAUGACAAAGAGUGGAACGACUGCUUGUCUGAGGCGGCCCAGUGUCGGAUAACAUUAAUGCGGAAUGUAGGAAAUCGCCUAAUCAAUGAAGAGCUAGACUACGAUAAAGACAAACUCCAAAUACUCCAUGAUCAAUCACUCGCUUUGUUAAAUACUUGCCAACGCCCGGCAUAUGAGGCAAUAAUAGCAUCAGUUGAUAACGAAGAAGGAAAAUUAUUUUUUAUACAUGGCCAUGGUGGUACGGGUAAGACAUUUCUGUGGAAUACAAUUAUUUCGAAGAUCAGAUCAGAAUCAAAAAUCGUUCUCCCCGUCGCUACUUCGGGUAUAGCAGCUUUAUUAUUACCAAAUGGUAGGACUGCUCAUUCGCGCUUUCAUAUUCCUCUAGACAUCACGCCAGAGUCAACAUGUGAAAUCAAACAAGGCAGUCAAUUAGCGGAACUACUUAAAAAGACCGCUUUGAUAAUCUGGGAUGAGGCACCAAUGGCAAACAAAUUGUGCUUUGAGGCAUUGGACAGAACCUUGAGAGAUAUUCUACGAGAUAGGUAUGAAAAUAGUGCCAUGAAACCUUUUGGGGGCAUAACUUUCGUAUGUGGUGGUGAUUUUCGCCAAAUACUCCCAGUUAUUCCAAAGGGAACAAGAGGUGAUAUUGUGGAUGCAGCGCUGAACUACUCGCAGUUGUGGCCCUACUUCUCAAUUUAUGAAUUGACGGAAAAUAUGAGACUUAGCUGUGGAAAAGUCGGGGGUUCUGAAGCACGGAACAUAGCAAGUUUUGAUAAAUGGCUUUUGCAGAUAGGAAAUGGAUCUGUUUAUGCAGAUAAUAAGAAGGACCUCAUUCAUGUGCCCGCUGAUGUAUACAUUCCAACAUCGCACAAUCAGAUAGAAUUCAUUGUAGAGGCAGUAUAUCCGUCCCUGCUACAGAACUAUAACGACCCAUCCUACUUGAAAGAAAGAGCCAUACUCACACCAAAAAAUGAAAUGGUCCAUGAACUGAAUGAGAAAAUACUGAAGUUGAUACCUGGGGAAGGAAGAACUUACUAUAGCUCGGACAAUGUGUGCAAAGCAAGCGUGAAUACUAAUGAGGAGGAUAUAUUGUACCCAACAGAAUUCCUAAACAACUUACGAUUCCCAGGUAUCCCAAACCAUGACAUUCACUUGAAAGUAGGAAGUCCGGUGAUGCUGCUUAGAAAUCUAAAUCAAACUGAAGGCCUAUGCAAUGGUACAAGAUUAAUAAUAACGCAUCUGGGUAUUUGGUCUGUUACUGCAAACAUAAUCUCUGGAAAGAACAUCGGUUCAAGAGUCACAAUACCAAGAAUUAUCAUGUCACCAAACGAUUCAAAGUGGCCAUUCAAGCUCAACAGGCGCCAACUUCCUUUAGCACCCUGUUAUGCUAUGACCAUCAACAAGAGCCAGGGGCAAACUCUUCAAAGAGUUGGGUUGUAUCUGCCAAAACAAGUAUUCACACAUGGCCAAUUGUAUGUCGCAGUAUCACGUGUAACAACAAGAGAAGGAUUGGCAAUUGUCAAUGCGGACGAGGACACAGAUGACCCUACAUACAUAAAAAAUAUUGUUUAUAGGGAAAUCUUCCAUAACGUCGGCCCAAGAAUUGGGCAAACUGAGGAGGUAUUUCUUAGCAAUUAA